GGAAGUGUCAGAUGAUGAAGAUGAAGAUGAAAACAAGGAAAGUGAUGAAAAAGAUGGCAAAAAAGCUGAUGAGGGAACUGCUCAAGAUUAUCCCAUGGCAAGUGCAGUGAACAUAAGUGAAACUCCAGCUGUUGCCACAGUGGAGAAGAAAGAAUAUGUUUAUGAAACCAAGGAAGAAGCUAAACAAGCUUUCAAAGAACUCCUACGAGAAAAGGAGGUUCCUUCUAACUCCACUUGGGAUAAUGCCAUGAGGAUGAUUGUUAAUGAUCCCAGAUAUGGAGCCUUGAAGAAAAUGAAUGAGAAAAAACAAGCAUUCAAUGAAUACAAAACAAAACGAGCUAAUGAGGAAAAGGAAGAACAAAGGCAAAAAGCAAAACAGGCUCGUGAGGACUUGCGUAGCUUCCUGGAAAAGCAUCCCAAGAUGCACUCUUCAGUGCGGUGGCGCAGGGCUGGGGAAUUGUUUGAGGGUGAACCAAUGUGGGAGGCUGUACAUGAAAGAGACAGGAAAGAUGUGUUUGAGGAUGUAGUGUUUUUCCUGACAAAGAAGGAAAAGGAAGAGGAGAAAGAACAAAGGGCACACAACAGAAAGCUGAUGUUAACAGUGUACAAUUCCAUGCCUGGCAUUACUUACAGGACCACUUGGGCAGAGGCCUUGCAGAUGCUGAAAGAACACCCAACUUAUAAGGAUGAUGAGGAAAUCCAAGAUUGUGAGAAAGAAGACAUGUUGAUAUCAUUUGAGGAGCAUAUCAGGACUCUGGAACAAGAGGAAGAAGAGGAGAAGCAAAGAGAGAAAAACAGAGUGAAAAGGCAACAGAGAAAAAACAGGGAAGGAUUCCUGGUCUUGUUAGAUGAGUUGCACAAGAGAGGCAAACUUCACUCCAUGUCUUUAUGGAUUGACUUGUAUCCAACCAUCAGUGCAGAUGUUCGCUUUACAAACAUGUUGAGUCAACCUGGGUCAACUCCAUUAGACCUUUUCAAGUUUUAUGUGGAAGACUUGAAAGCCAGAUUCAGUGAAGAAAAGAAAAUUAUAAAAGAAAUUCUGAAGGAUCAUGAUUUUACAGUUGAUGUGAACACUGGUUUUAGUGAAUUUAAUGACCUUGUCAAAGGAGAUCACAGGAGUGACACACUGGAUCCUGGAAACAUCAAAAUGUCAUUCAAUCAUCUAAUUGAAAAAGCUGAAGCAAGAGAGAAAGAACGAAUGAAAAAGGAAGAAAGAGAGCAAAGAAGAAGAGAAAGUUCCUUCAAGCAGCUCCUCAAGUCAUGUUCUCCAGCAAUUGAGGCAAAUUCUACUUGGGACGAGGUUAGGGAAAGACUCGAGGAAGAUCCUGCAUUUGCAGCAGUCACAGUGGAAUCUGAACGCAUAAGGCUUUUUAAUGAACAUAUUGGUUCACUUGAGGCAUGUACCCAUAAUCAUUCAAAAUCACACAAAAAAGCUAAGAAGGCCAAGAAACAUAGGAAAAGGUCAAGAUCUCGAUCGCUUAGUGGGGAGUCGUCUCAAUCUGAAGAAGAAUUUGCGAGAGAAAAAACAUCGUCACAUAAAAAGAAACGCCACAAGCGGUCACGCUCCAAGUCACCAGAAUCAUCUGCUUCCGAAUCAGAACAAGAAAAAGAAGCAAGCUCAUCAAAAAAGAAAAAGCACAAGAAGAAAUCAAAGAAGAAGAAACAACGAUCGCCCGAGGAAGACUCUGAGGGAGAGAGGUACAACAGAGAGAAGGAGGACAAAGAGAAGGACAGGGAUAAGGGCCGCCGAGAGCGAGACAAGAUUCGUGAAAAGGAGGCGGAUCGUAGUAGAGAAGGUGAAAGAGAACGGGAACGUGACAGGGAGAAAGAAAGAGACUACAAAGAGAAAGACCGAGACAGAGACAGAGAUAGGGAUAGAGACAGAGAAAAAGAUCUGGAUAAGGAUAGAGAGGCUGAUAAAGGAAAGGACAAGUCCAAGAAAUCACAGGAUAAGACCGCGUGGGAUACAACCUCUAGUGAGAGCGAAAGUGAACUGGAAAGCAGACGAAGAGCCCUGCUGAAGCAACUUGGUGCUGAUGGGGACGAUCACUAGACUGUGGCUCAGAAACCAAGAGAAAAUGCAACUUCGAAUGUGAAUAAGAACUGUGAUUAGAAGUUUGCUCCCCCUCCUCAUCCCCUCCCCCUCUCCCUCCCCUGAGAUGUCGAAUCGAAACAACUACCUCCUUUCAAGGAAUUUGAUCCUUUAUUGUCAUGUGUUGUUUUCUCUUUCUCAUUAUUAAUCCUCUAUUUCUUGUUCAACUGUAUCACAUCACGUGAUGUCGUUGAAUUCCUUGUAUGGAACAUGUUCAGGUUUGCUGACCACGAGAGCUACUUCCUGAAACAUGAUGUGAGACGUAUGUAAAGCCGUGUUUAAUGUUUACUAUGUAGCAGUAAUUCAACGACCUUAGAGACCAUUAAUAUUUAAAAACCAUUGUUAUCACAUGACCACGUGCGCUUUUGUUUGAAAACAGUUUUUUGAAAGAAAACCCUAUGAGGGCCGUGGGCUUAAGCGGGAGCAAGGCCGUUUCCAAAAGACAAAGAAAAAGUAAUGAAGAUAAAUAGUGUUGGUGAUAUGAUAAAGUGCGUAUGGACUUGGUCAAGCAAGAAUUACAAGUUGAAUUAGUUUGGUCAGGCUGGAUCAUCAUUAUUUGGCUCUUGGUCUUGACUUGAGUACAUCGCUAUUCUCGGUCGUAAUAUUGUGACCUCGAGCCGAUUAUUUUGUCGUCCGACCCACCCCAUCAAUUAGGUAAUAAUAUGUCAUAUCUUUAAUGUUCACUCUAGCUACAAGCCAGCUUCGUUAUCUCAAUCAUUUAAGUUCGUAAUUGGAAAUCCUGGGAUAACAAUGACAUGGAGUUUGCCAAGACCAAUCCAAAUAUCACCAUACAUAAUUUGUGGAGACCGUCUUCUCAAAGAAGUUCAUUAGUUGGCGUAUAUCCUUGCCCUACCUGUUAAAUAGUCAUGCUGGUAAUGUGUACGAACAAAAGCUGACCUAUAUACCACUGAAUAAAUACUGCGCCAGAAAAACCUA